AUGGACCGCAUAUCAGCGUACGCCGCUUACGGUCUAGCGCCAAAGAAGACAUCGAAGCGUUCCACAAUGAAGAUAGCGAAACAUGUUUCAAAGAAGACUGCAAAGAAAACUAAAGAAGCUAUGGCGGCCAAGAAGGAAGCUCGAAAGGCAGCUGCAAAGGCGGCUCUAAGAGAGGUAAGAAAAUUAGAACGAAAGGCCGCGGCAGACAAAGCCGCAAAUAUAGCCGAAGAUAAAGCCGCAGCCAAAGCAGCAAAGAAAGCUGCUAAGAAAGCUGCAAAGAGAGAGAAGAAUAUAGCUAAAGAGCAAGCAGAGAAAUCAGCUGCUGGGGUGACAGAAAAUGUGCAGAAGCAACCAGAAAAUGGACAGCAGAAUAACGGCACGUUGCUCAAUCUGUCAAACGGCAAACAGCACCAGAAGCCGAAGGCCGCUAAAAUGAGCAGCUCGAACGGCAGUUUUUCGGGUAUCGACAGCGAUUUCCUAAACAGCAGCGAUUUCGGCUCCACUGAAGACAGCUUCAUGAGCGGCAGUGGCGAUAGCUUCGAUUAUAGCAACAGUAGCGAUUUUGACUUUGACAGCGAUGGCGACUCGAAUGAUUUCGAUGACAGCGAUGCCGCUGCCAGCAGCUGCGCCAGUUGUGAGUAUUUCGGUAUGGACUCCAAAAUGGCGGUUGGCCAAGGGAGCGACUCUAACGGUAAUAGCUACAUGCAUAACGGUACAACUCAAAGCGAAGAUCAAUUCACUGAGGAAUACACGCUGAGCAGCAUUUUCAACAGCACCAGCAGCAGCAGCGCCAAUCCGAUUAAAGCCGAGCCACGCAAAGCAGCCAAGCGCAACGAGCCCUUUGACAUGAACAACAAUAAGAAUAAGCCGACUGCAGCCAAGCAGCCGAAGAUGUCUCUGAAGCAGGAGCAAGCCCAGGUGGGCAAGCAGCGCGCCGAGCCGGCGCCAUCGUGCCCGCUGCCGCCGCGUCCAUCGAAGACAAUGAUCAAGUCGUGUCCGCUGCCACCCAAGGCACCGGCUGCCAAGCCCAAGGAUGCCAACAACAACAAGGAUAUCAACAACAAGAACGAUGCCAACAACAACAAGGAUAACAACAACAAGAACAAGCUGAGCUCGAACGUUUCACAGCUGGUGACCGGCACUGAGAAGCUACGUGGUCCGGUGCAUUUGGAGAACAGCAUCGAGGAGGGCAAACGCAUGCUGAACUGGCUGUUGAAUCCGAUAACCUCGGAGACCUUCUUCGAGCAGUACUGGGAGCGCAAUGCAUGCCAAGUGAAGCGCAAGCAGCCGAACUACUUCAACCAGCUGAUCUCGUUCCAGAUGAUCGACGAGAUGCUAAUAGAGAACCAACUGGAGUUCACCACCAACAUUGACGUGACCACCUAUAAGAAGGGCGUGCGCCAGACCCUGAAUCCGGUGGGCCGCGCCAUGUCCCCAGCCAUUUGGGGCUACUACGGCGAUGGGUGCAGCAUCCGCAUCCUGAACCCGAGCACCUAUUUGCCCAAGCUGCGCCAGCUGUGCAGCACAAUGCAGGAGUUCUUCCACUGCCUCGUCGGGGCAAACGUCUAUCUGACUCCGCCGAACAGCCAGGGAUUCGCGCCACACUACGACGACAUCGAAGCCUUCGUGAUCCAGGUGGAGGGCCGCAAGCGCUGGCGCCUGUACGCCCCACCGCGCCAGUCCGACGUGCUGGCACGCACCUCCUCCGGCAACUACAAGCAGGAGGAGCUGGGCCAGCCGCUCUUCGACGCCGUCCUCGAGGCGGGCGACAUUCUCUACUUCCCUCGCGGCACCGUCCACCAGGCCGUCACCGAACCGAAGCAGCACUCGCUUCACAUCACUCUCAGCGUCUAUCAGCAGCAGGCGUACGCCAAUCUACUGGAGGUGCUGAUGCCCUCCGUCUUGGAGCGCGCCAUCAAGCAUCAUCUUUCGCUGCGUCGCGGGCUGCCGCUGCACAUCUGGCAGCACGUCGGCCUGGCCAAGGGCGGCCAGCAGAGCGAGCAGCGCGACCAGCUCAUGAAUGACACCAAGCAACUCAUCCAGCGCUACCUGGUGCCCACCGACGCCCAGAUCGACGCUGCCGUGGAUCAGCUGGCCAAGCGUUUCCAGCACGAGGCGCUGCCGCCCUGCAUCAAGCCCGAGGAGAGCGCGCGCACCGUCUUUGGGUCGCGCAGCAUGACUGAUAGCCGCGGCCAGUGCCUCUGCGACUACGAGCUGACCGAGAAGACCAAGGUCCGUCUACUACGCGCCAACAUCCUGCGCCUGGUGGCCGACGGCAGCAGCCUGCGCGUCUACUACUACGUGGACAACGCUCUCGAGUACUGCAAGAACGAGCCCAACUACAUGGAAAUCCAGCCCACUGAGGCGCCCGCCGUCGAGGCCCUGAUGACCACCUAUCCGGCCUAUUUGAAGGUCGGCAAGCUGCCCCUGCGCAGCGCUGACCGCCGCAUCGAGGUGGCCACGGCCCUCUGGGAGCGCGGACUACUCAUGACCGAGAAGCCCUUCAAGUAAACCCAAAUAUAAAUAUAUCUAUAAAUGGCUGCAGCUAGCCCAUCCACCACUACACCAAGUCAAACAUGCGCUGUGAUUCUCCGCGUUAAUCAAGCACACUAAACAAUCCUCGUUAACUGUAACUGUAACAACUAACCAUACACCCUCAUACACUACCGCACACUUUGUAAUACACCGUGUUAAUCGCACACACAUUCUGACCUGAUCUAUUGUACUCCACUGCACUAAAUGAAUAAUAUAAUUGUACUCCACACACAUAUCC